CUAAUCUAAGCUUCGACUUUGGCCGGUUGCGUUUUCUAUAUAUAUAGAACAAAUACGUCGAUUAACAGCUCAGCAGAGGAAAUUGAUAGCCAGCGAUAAAGACAACCAAGUUUAUCUCUCCCUUAUAUAGUUCACUGUACAUAAAAACCCUUCUGGAAUCCCAGAAGGCAAUAUUAUCUGAUAACCAAUCUUUGGAAAAAACAUAUGGUGAAAUGUCUGCGGACCGACUGGAUGUCAUUAUCUUUGGGGCCAGUGGCUUCACCGGCAAGUACACGGUUUUCGAGGCGGUCAGCGUGCUCAGCGGUCUGCGAUGGGGAAUCGCGGGCAGGAACCGCGAGAAACUGGAGGCGGUGCUGAAGGAAAUGGGCGCCAAGGCCAAAAAGGACCUCUCGCAGGUUCCCAUUUUCAUCGCGGACGUCAACGACGAGGCUUCCCUGCUGGAAAUGGCCAAGAAGUGCAGGAUUGUGGUGAACACUGCUGGACCCUAUCGGUUCCACGGCGAGAAGGUCGUGAAGGCUUGCAUAGAAUCGGGCACUAACCAUGUGGAUGUCAGCGGAGAGCCCCAAUACAUGGAGACAAUGCAGCUGAAGUACGACCAGCGCGCCAAGGAAAAGGGCGUGUACGUGGUCAGCGCGUGUGGCUUCGACUCGAUUCCUGCCGACAUGGGAGUCAUCUUUGUGGAAAAGAACUUUGACGGUGUCGUGAACUCAGUGGAGACCUUCCUGGAGAGUGGGAUCAAGGAGGGCGGAAGCGGUGGAGGCAGUGCUGGCCUUAACUACGGAACCUGGGAGAGUGCCGUCUAUGGGCUGGCCCACUCGGACGAGCUGCGCGGCAUCCGGCAGCAGCUCUUCCCUCAGAGACUACCCAAGUUUUAUCCCGUCCUCCGGCCAAGACCCUUGGUCUUCCGCGCCAACGAGGUGGACAAAGUGUGCCUGCCCUUCCCCGGCUCCGAUCGCUCGGUGGUGAUGAGAUCCCAGCGGUUUCUCUACGAGCAGGACAAGAAGAGACCCGUGCAGAUGCAGGCUUACGUGGGAUUCCCAUCUUGGCUGGCUGCCGGCGCAGUGAUCCUUUUCGCCAGCAUCUUCGGUCUGCUUUCUAAGUUUCAGCUGGGCCGCACGCUGCUCCUUAAGUACCCCGGCUUAUUUUCCGGAGGAUUGGCUUCGCGUUCCGGACCAAGUGAGGAGUCAAUGGAACGCACCUAUUUCAGGAUGACUUUCAAGGCCACCGGCUGGCCCAAAAGCGAUCGCCUGGCCGAAAGUUCAGACCAGUAUACGGAGCCUCCCACCAAGACGUUAAUGGUGCGUGUUUCGGGUAUGAACCCUGGAUAUGGAGCCACCUGCGUGGCCUUGCUGUCCACGGCGUUGACCAUUCUUCGCGAGUCCGAAAAGAUGCCCAACAACGGCGGAGUUCUAGCGCCAGCUGCCGCUUUUUCCAAAACCAGCCUCAUAAGCGAGUUGGAGAAACACGAUCACGGCAUCAAGUUCGAAAUUCUGGCCAAUAAGUGAACUGCAGACCGAACCGAACAAAACGGCUCUCUAUUAACCGCUAGCUGAGUUUUUUGCACUGUUUUAAAAAUAACUUAUAUAAGCACUCAUUAAAUGUACUAACCCAGCCGAUAACCAAUAUUUGCUGAUUUCAAAGUCCAAGACCUAUCAAUACACCUAGCAUCGGACGGGAGAAACAGGUUAUGGUAAUUUUGUUUGGAAAAUUGUAUCUUAUACGAAACGGUAAAAUAACAACAAAGGCGACGGCAUGGAAGACGGGGGAAAAAGAUGUCUGACCCUAUAGAUCAAAAUACAAUCUGGAUUAUCAUCACUAGUUGCGACUUGCAUAUUGGAGGAUAAAUUCUGUUGAAGCCGGUUGUUUGCCAAAUGACUCGCAUAUUGGUAUCUCCGACUGUCCCCAAGCUCUCUAUUAGCUCAGUUGAAAAGCUAGCGAUGAAGUGUGAUACAAUUGUAAUAUUUUAUGAGGACAAAUUCUGCUUAAGCCAGCUGUUUGCUAAAUGAUAAUAAAAUUCAUAUAGUAGGUUAAAUGUUUUAAUAGUAAAUGAUAAUGUUUAAAUAAAGCAUUUUCUAACAUCA